CGUGGAUGAGGAGGUGGGAUUUAUGCAUGAUGUAUCGUACAUACUAUCGGAUGUUGAAGAGUUCUACCCACUGAUUCAGUUUUACACGCACGUCUUAAUAAGUGGUAUACUACGCUUCCAGCGUAUAGGGAUUGUUUGUGCUAUGCAUAUUCGAUGGGAAUUAAUCAUUGGUGACGUCUCUAUCAAACACACGAUGUGGUAUAUAAAAGGGAAAGUAAAUUUCCUCGUGUUGUUCGGGGCGUGGUGUAAUGAAGUUCUCUAUCCAAAGACUUAACGUGAUCGCAACUUUUGUUUCAUCAUGGAAAACGCACUCGGUUUUGUUUGGAAGUAUUCCAUCGGCAACCCAUUGCACUUGGUGCUCGCGCUUGUCCUUGGGACAACCAUCACCUUCGCCCUGAAUGUUUUUUACAACAUCUUUCUGCACCCCCUACGCAAUUACCCCGGCCCCCUCGCCAGCCGAGCAACGGGUCUCUGGCGCGCCCAUAAACUUCUAUCCGGCCACCUCCCCCAAAUCGUAAAACAACUGCACGACGAAUACGGCCCCGUGAUCCGCAUCGCACCAAACGAACUAUCCUUCAUCGACUCCGAAGCAUGGAAAGACAUAUACGGGCACCACGGGUCCUAUGAAAUGGCCAAAGACCCACGUUUCUACCGCUUCGUCGGCAACCGCAUACCCCAUAACGUAUCCACCGCAGGUCGCGAACUGCACAGCGUCAUGCGGCGCCAGCUCUCGCACGGGUUCUCCGAGCGCUCGAUGCGUGCGCAGGAGCCGUGUAUUGGAGAGUAUGUGGAUUUACUCAUCCAUCGGUUAGAAGAGAAAUGCAGCGAUGGGAAAACGGCUCUGGAGAUGCGCGCUUGGCUCAAUUUUACUACGUUCGAUAUCAUCGGGAACCUGGGUUUCGGCUCGGAUUUCGGAUGUCUGGAGAAUUCGAAGUAUCACCCUUGGGUUCUGACGAUUGUGGAGAAUUUGAGGAGUCAUGCGAUUAUGCGCGCGUUGAGACAGUAUUUACCGGCUUAUGUACUGUAUUUGCUUCAGGAACAUCGUGUGUUGAAGGGGCGGAAGGAGAAUAUUGAGUAUGCGUACCAGACGAUACGUAAGCGUAUGGAGGUUGAGGUUGAGAGACCUGAUCUCAUUGAAGGUCUUGUGCGGAAAAAGAACGAAUUGGCACCCGGCGAAAUCGAAUUGAAUGCCAUGUUUCUAAUCAAUGCCGGCUCCGAGACGACCGCAACAUUACUGAGUGGCGCGUUCUUUUUGUUAGGAUCGCAUCGCGAUGUUUUGGAGAAACUAACUCGUGAAGUGAGGACAACAUUUAGCAGCGAGAAAGAUAUUACUUUGAUCUCCGUCGGUAGCCUCAGCUAUAUGUUAGCAUGCCUUGACGAAUGUCUUAGGAUGUACCCUCCAGUUCCGCUUGGCCUGCCGAGGGUUGUGCCAAAAGGAGGUUUCAAAAUCGCUGGAAAUUAUGUGCCUGAAGACACCUCUGUCGCCGUAUGGCAGUGGGCGAUCAAUUAUAGCAAGGUGCACUGGCACAAGCCCGACGAAUUCCACCCAGAGAGAUUUCUAGGUGAUAAACAAUUCGCCAAUGACAAUCUCAUCGCCAUGCAGCCGUUCAGUGCUGGACCUCGAAAUUGCAUUGGAAGAAACCUGGCCUAUGCGGAAAUGCGACUCAUCCUCGCUCGAAUCUUGUAUAGAUUUGACAUUGAACUUGCGCCGGAAGCACGAGAUUGGGUGAAGAGACAGAAGAUUUACACGCUGUGGGACAAGCCGGAGUUGCCUGUGUACCUUAAACCCGUUAAUGCCGGGGGUUAAUACUGGUAUUCCGUAAUUAUUAGCAAGUGGGAUGGGAAGAUGCGGUAUAUAAUUCGUGAGCAAAACCCAGAGAUGGUUGUAGGAAGACUGGAAUCUGAAGGAAACCGAAUAGUUUUAGAGUGUAAUUAUGGAUAUAUAGGUAUCUUAUAUAUGGGAAAGUGUUCAUACUUGGAUUAUACUGCCGACCUGUAUUACGAAGUUGUGCUCUUUACGUUUGUGAUAGUUAG